UGUGACCCCCUGAGGGGUCCCAACCCCCAGUUUGAGAACCCCUGUAUUAGGACUUUUAGUUGCAAACGUUCAAUAAUAUGUAGUCAAUUGGCACUGUGCGGUUAAAUCCUUGUGUGCCUCUUUGAGGGACAAAAUCUGACCCCACCACUGUGGCUGUGGAGAGAUCUGAUUAUAAUUUGGAUAAGUGUUGUUCUGUUACAAAAACGAACAGGGAGGCAGCCAGUACCCUGGCACAGGAGGCCUGAACAGCAGGGAGCUAUGCUCCAUGUGCACCCUUUGUACCCUAAUGUGGAGGGCAGAGUACGGGUGGAUAGUUUAUCUGUGACGGCAUGGAUCACUAAUCAUCACUCUCUUGUGCAUGAUUGGUACUCUCCCAUGGGGGCUGUGAUAGAGGCAGCAGAGUAUGACAGGAGGGAGAUGGUGACUCCUCCCUCCCCUGAUGUGCCUGGCCUAAUUAUUCAACUAUUUAAAACUUUUUGGCACAAAUGUUUUGCAAGAUUUUAAAAUGGAAGUAAUAUUUCUGUUGAUAUACUGUACAUUGAUGAGCCAUAUCAGAGGCUGUUCAAGACAAUCUUCCACCCUAAGCAAAAUGUCAGUGUGCUGUCCCCUGUGCCACUCAAAUUUGGCCCAGUUGCCCCUGCAUCCUGACAGAGGGGUGGCCAUGCCAAAUCUACUGUCCUUGGCAGCUGCCUAGUUCUCCUGUACAUAGAGUAGCCUCUGAUCCAGAUUAUGUAUCCAUGCAGAAGCAUCUGCUAUUUAUUAGUGUCCAGUUGGAGAUUAUCCCCCUAAUUAUACAGUGUCCAGGUGUGCAUUUUGUUGGCUCAGUGAAGCUGUAGAUAAAGCAUAAAGGGCCAGUAAUACUCAGCUGUAGCCAUGAUAUUUAGGUGAUUGUUCAUCAGAGUGGCAAGACUUCCCACUAUAUCUGCUGCCAUCCAGCUGAAAAUAAUGGCUCAGAAAACUGUACUCAUCACAGGUUGCUCCUCAGGAAUCGGACUGGCCUUGGCUGUAAAAAUGGCCAGAGAUGAACAGAAAAGAUUUAAAGUGUAUGCUACCAUGAGGAAUCUGACCAGGAAGGACAAACUUGCAGAAGCUGCAGGCAGAACCUUGGGUAAAACCCUGGAAAUUAAACAACUGGAUGUCUGCAGUGAAGAGUCUAUUAAAACAUGCGUCAGUAGCAUCCCUGACAGAAGGAUUGAUAUCCUAGUUAGCAAUGCUGGUAUGGGGCUCAUUGGACCUAUUGAAUGCCAGACCAUAGAUGAGAUGAGAACUGUGAUGGAUACAAACUUCUUCGGAUUGGUUCGACUCUUGAAGGAGAUUUUACCUGAUAUGAAGAAGAGGAAGAGUGGACAUAUAGUUAUAAUAAGUAGUGUCAUGGGAAUACAAGGUAUUUUGUUCAAUGAUGUUUAUGCUGCAUCUAAAUUUGCUGUGGAAGGAUUCUGUGAAAGUUUAGCCAUACAAGCACUCAAGUUUAAACUUCAGCUAAGUCUGAUUGAGCCAGGCCCAGUGAUCACAGAAUUUGAAAAAAAGGUGUUUGAAGAUGGAAUGAAAAUGGAUCUUUCGGCUGCCGAUGAAGAAACUGCUGACAUGUUUACUAAUAUUUACCUUAAAAAUUACAAACAGAUUUUCCAAAGCCUGGGACAGAGUGCAGAGGACAUAGCAGAGCAUACAGUAAAGAUAAUUCUUGCAGAAAAUCCACCUUUUCGCCAUCAGACCAACACCCUGUAUACACCAAUGACAACCUUGAAAUAUGCAGAUCCAAAUGGAGAUUUACCUAUUGAUACCUUCUACAAAAUGGUUUUUCAGCAUGAUAAAAUCUUCAGUGCAAGUCUUAACUUCAUCAAACUGCUAAGGUGGAGAAGCAGAAAAAGCUUUGAUUUGGGAAACCCUUCACAAUGAAUAUAUGUAUGCUAUUGUGUGCAUUUGGAUCACUGGUUCUAGUCACUGCUGAUAUACUGUUUUGAAAAAUAGCUUUGCAAUAUAAUUGAUUACAAAAAGACAUUCAAAAUGUUUGGUUAGUGAGCUUAAUUGAGGUAUUAAUGUUGAUUAACUUCUAUUUUGAACUUCAAGUUUCCAGUGCUUUGAAAGUAAAAUGUUUGACCUAUGUCAGUUAUUGUCAGUAAUCUUGGCUGUAUAUUCUAUUUCCAGAGUUGUUCCUGGUAGAAAUUUAUGACCACUUUUUCUGAACAUCAACAAACCAAUUAUCAAACAGUCCCUUCAGCAUUUAUUAGAAUUAAAAAGAAAAGAUAUUGAGAUUAGUACUCUGUGUAUAUCUUAUUUGUAGAAAAACCUGAUUUGUUAGUAUUG